UGUUGUGUGUGGGAGGGGAGGUGAACAUAUAUAGGAAGGGUGGAGGGGCCGUCUUAGGCCACAGGAUCAGACAGGAGGGAGGCAACGCUGUUGCUGGGGCACAAACCAGCCUGGGGGAUCGAGACUUGGAUCCAGCAAGAGUCUGGCAGAAGCAGAGGAGACCAUUUCUCCAGUUUGUCCAGAUCAUACGUCUUUCUGAAGAGCCACCUGACAUCAGCAGGCAUAGAGGAGUUUAAAAUCUGCAUUGAAACCUUUACAAUGGGAAACUAGAGAGAGAAACUACUUCUUCCGUCUGGGCAAGGUUGAAGUAAGAGCCAAAAUUGUGAGCUUGCUCUCUCCUUCCUGUUGCCACUCUCCCCUCCAAACGACGGCUCAUCCUGCCAGCCACGCCAUGUCGUCAGACCCAACCACCCCUCCGACAGUCCCAACCCUCCACUCCCCGAAGUCGCCUGUCUGGCCCACCUUCCCCUUUCACCGGGAGGGAAGUCGGAUCUGGGAGAGGGGCAAUCUUCUCCUCCGGGACCUGCCCAGCCCCCUCCCCACCAAAAGAACCAGAACAUACUCUGCGACAGCUCGUGCCUCCGCUGGCCCUGUCUUCAAGGGCGUCUGUAAGCAGUUCUCGCGCUCCCAGGGCCACGGCUUCAUCACUCCAGAGAACGGCACAGAGGACAUAUUUGUACACGUGUCUGACAUCGAGGGGGAGUACGUCCCCAUGGAAGGAGACGAGGUCACAUACAAAAUUUGCCCCAUUCCACCCAAGAACCAGAAGUUCCAGGCUGUGGAGGUGGUGCUCACCAACCUGGCCCCGCACACAAAGCACGAGACAUGGUCCGGGCAAAUAAUUGGAUCCUAGGCUUCGGGUGGAGUCUACAUGAGCUAGCUCAGUCUGGAGGCGGGGUGGGGGUGGGGACAGGGACAAAGUCUGGGACAGCUGGCUUGUGUGGGAGAGGGGUGGGAUCACAUUUCUUGUUUGCAAAGUGACAUGUAGCCGUAUCCAUUCUGUGUCUUUUAUAAGAUUACAUCCUUGUUUGUAACUGUGUCUUCUUGAGGGCGGAGGGAGAGGCAGAGCUGCUUUGGGGCAGAUUCCCACUUUCCUACAUGUCAUGAGCUCAUGUGGUCUCUCCUCAGGGACAUGUGCAGAAGCGCCCGCUUUGUGUUGGGAGAGGAGAGGUGUGAACCCAGCAGGAGUUGAUGUCCAGUUUAUCCUGCUGCCCAUGCUAUCCAAACUCACCACUCUUCCCUGAUCCCAACUCCUUCAGGAAGCUCCAAAUCCCCCAUGCAGGGGGCCAGGACAGCCAGAGUUUUGACCCCCUCAACUUCUUCAAAGCAGACGCUAAGGAGAGCCAGGGGGAAUGAGGGGUGGGUGGCAAUAUCCCUGGAGAGAGUGGGCAAGGAGGCACUCAUCAUUUGAGGGGCAGGGCAGCCCCACAGAGUCUUAAAGAAGCAUGUAGAUUGAAAGCUCCAGUUCGGGAUUCUAGAGUCUUUCCUGGGACUCUCUCACCUGGCAAGAGAUAGAAUCUAUUCCCCCUCCAGCCAGUGAGGGGAGAGAAGAGGCAAAAUGGAGUGUACCUCCCCCAGGUCAUUUUAUACACCCGCCUGCUGGCUCUGAGCAGCUGCAGAGUGAACAGCUGUGCUCCAUGGGCUCUGGAUCUGGCCACUGCUCCAGUGAGCCUCAUUUGCACCCCCUUUGCCUGUAAUUCCCCCAAAUACUGGCAUCCUGAGCCUGGGGAGUAAGAAUAUACCAAUAGGGUGUUUUUUUUUUUUUUUUUUUUUAAGGCAAUGGAAUGUACCACUAUGCGGGGGGAAGGGGGAGUCUUAAAAUAUGAAUUAAGUCUCUCUCCCCACAACCCUUCCCUCAGGUCCCCACACAUUUGAUUGAGAUUUGCCAAAUCUCAUUAGUGUGGAGGGAGAUGUCCUAAAAACAAUGAGGUUAGCUUUGAAAACCUCUUCCUGUCCAGAGUGCGAGGAGACUUUGGCUCUAUUCUGCAUAAACUCACUGUGGGGCUUUGGACAAGUCACUUAGGUAGCAGACUCAGAAGCGAUCUCUGAUUCUUAUUUCGUGGUGCUUUAGUUUUCAGUGGCCCAAUUUGAAUCAUCUUGGAUCUGACAUUCUGAGGUGCUGAGUAUCCACAGUCCCCAAUCACUUCAUCUGGAGUUGUGGGUGUGCAGCAUGUCUGCAAAUCAGGGCCUAGGUGUCUCAGUAUAUGCUUUUCUGAACCUUAAUCUCUCUGCCUCCAUUUCCCCAUUGGGACGAUGAAGUCUGUUCUCCCUCAGUCCUACCCAUUUUGAGGCCUGCGCUUCGUAGGUCCACUAGAAGUGCUAGUUGGUAUUUACAGUCUUACUCAUACUCCUUUAUAAAUCUUCCUCCUUCAGAUGAUCACAGGUCAAACAGCCCUGUAUAGACGUUUGUGUGGUGUUUAUUGUUGUGUGGGUGUGUGUGGAGAGAGAUCAGGAAAGAGCAUAACAAACCAAGAAGGCAAUGGGAAUAAAUCUAGACUCUAGUUAUUGAUGUCCUGUCCAGUCAUGCAGACUCACCAAAUUGUAGGCUAGACGCUGUCUUUAAUCCUCAAAAGAGUGGUCCUCACUAGCUACAUAGCUAGAUAAAUAGUUUCCUGCUUUAGAUUAAGUUGAUUAACUUAUUUAAGCAAUUUAAUUGAAUAAAUCUUUGCAAAUGCAAAAUGUAAGAUUUUUCUUUUUUAGGAGGCACUCUUCUCAAGUUUCCUCUAGCCACAACAAGUGGUACAUUCUGGUUCCUGCUCCCACAUCUCACACACACACACAAAAGCCCAUGGUUUGUUCCUGUCCUUGAGUGUCCUAGUUGUUGUAGCAACUCUCUCUGUCUCUGAGAACCCGUGGAUUUACAUGGCAUAAUUGCUGUGGUUGCUAUGGUACCAUGGUGUGCUGUACGUACAGGUCACGCUCUCUAGACAGGAUGGGGAGGAUUGUGCCAGGGGGUGACUUGGGCUUGAUGGCUGAAGAAGGAACUCUUAAUAUCCUGAUCACACACAGCACUAUAGAUGCUGCAGAUGAAAAAGACCUGCUAGGUUCACCCCCCCCCCCCCCCCCCCCCCCCCGGCUGGUGAUUUUUGCACUGAUAAUGGAUGGAUAGCAGAGCAGCGGUCUGGGCUGGUAGCUAUUGCUGUAUGCUGCUGCAUGGCCAGAGACCUGGGGUUGAAGACCCCUCUGCACUUCCGCAGUGUUUAGAGGUGUUGCAGGUGAAGAAGCACUUUUCUUUGGAUGGAGCUGACCUGAGUUUUGGGCUACAGCUCCCCUCCCCUCUUGUUAACGUAAAUUCCCUUUGCGUAUGUUUGUGUUGCUGGCUGUGGGGUGGGAAGCGAGGGAGAUGGAGGAAAGGCAUAGGUGGCCGUAUGUUCUCAGGGGUAGUAGUCUAGUGGGCUAUGCAGUAAUUCAUGGUGGGAAUUCAGCUGCCUAGGUGUGUCUCCUCAGUCACUGCUUCCUCCAGUUAUAGUACGUGGGUAUCUCUGGGCACCUCCCCCUGGGGCACACAGGGUUACUGCUACAACAUAACCUUAAUUUCUGGUCUUCCUAUAAGUAUCCUGAGGAGGCAAAUCUUCCAAUGCAGCUUGUCAGGAGAGGGGAGGGGCUCUGCGUGUAGGGCGUGGCUGCUAUGAGCUUGCAUAUUAUUGGCAGGCUGAGGCCCAUUCCAGUGUAAGCACAGGUGUCUUGACCGGGGGUUUAGCCAGGGCUGCAACUCUUUGUGCACUGAUACUAUCUACUCCUCAACCUGAAUCAACCCUUCGGAGACUCUGUAACUGAACACGUCCUCCUGAGGCCUUAUUUGGGCUGGUCCUCUGGAAAAUGCCCGCAUCCCAGGGGUGAAGAAGCUGGAGCGGAGUGGACGUUGCCCAGACAUAGCAACAACAGUGGCGUGAGGGGUGAAAUCAGUUUUGCUGAGUGGCAGGGUGCCCUUGGAUGGGCUGCCAGGUCCAGAGAGUGAAAGCACCUGUGCACGAGCAGCACCUGUGUUAGAAGAGGGGGCAACGCUGCCAAGUGGCUUUGUAUGGUGGUUAGAGGGCAGUGUUUUCCCCGCUCUUGCUUCUGGUACCAUGGGAGCGCGGAUUCUGCCGUAACUCUCUGAGAGGGGACCCCAUCCUGCCAGGACUUUGCUGAAGCCUAAAAUGCCUGACCCUGGUAUGCUUUGGAGCCUGGCCCAAUAUCCACGCACAGUUGAGGUAUCUGGUGAGAUCAGUGGCCCAUCAAGUCUGGUUGGUUCAGCAGCCCGCCUUUCAUUUCCCCUACCCAAAUGGGUUCAGGCUGUGCCACUACUAUUCCGUGGGUGCAGUGUUACGCUCCCAGGAGCAAAGGGGAAACUCCUUGUGAGUCACAACAGCCUUCCUAGCCUGCCCUUUGAAGCUGAACUGUUCAAGGAUGGGGGGUUGUUUACAGCCCCAUCCUACUGCCACUGAAGUCAAUGGCAACCCUUGUAUUGGCGCUGCUGGGAGUGGGAUCUGGCCUAUCAGAGUGAUUCAUAACAGGGCUUAUUAACUCCUGGAACCCAUUGGGCUGUGAGCUCCUGCCCGCGUGCGUGAGACAGAAGCAGAGGAAGGAAUGCUGUAGUCUGCUCAUCUCAUGCAACAUCUGCCUCCGCCCUUGAGGGCAAACUAAUCAGGGGACCAGGUUAUUCCCUCUUCCUCACUGGAGGCUCUGUCCUGAAUGCUGAGGUAGCUCCACCACAUCCUCACUGCUGUUCUUUGGUUAUCAAGCUUAAAACAGCAGCAGCCACCCAUGUCUUCUCCCGGUGGAGCAACAAGUGCCAGAAACUGCAGCUCCGUCUCCCAUCUCUCCUAGAACGGGCAGCUGGCUUGGCCAUGACCAACUCUUUGGUUCUUUUGGAAGUAAACUAAAAUCUUAGAAGUGUUUUUUGUGUUUUUUACAACUCUGGUGUGGUUCCUGCCUGUCUGACCUUGUGUCAACUUCUGUAACACUGGCAAUAAACCAUUGAAAGUGACUUUCCCAUGA